GCGAACGCCGCCAUCGCGGGGGGACGGCGUCCCACGCCGGACAAACCUCGGCGCGCGGCCGAAACCGGGGCGGGACCGGCAGCGGAACGGCCCCGCCCCCGUCCGCCGCGGCGCUCCGCAGAUCCUCAUGGCAGCCACCAGGAGCGCGAUGAGAGCGGUCCGAGUGUUUGAAUUUGGUGGCCCUGAAGUGCUUAAACUGCAGUCAGAUGUGCUAGUUCCUGUUCCAAAAGAAAACCAGGUACUAAUUAAAGUGCAUGCCUGUGGGGUAAAUCCUGUUGAUACAUAUAUUCGUUCCGGGACUUAUGCCAGGAAACCAGCUUUACCCUACACUCCUGGCUCGGAUGUGGCUGGGGUGAUUGAAAGUGUUGGGGAGCACGUGACGGCGUUCAAGAAAGGUGACAGAGUUUUCACCCUUGAAACACUUUCUGGAGGAUAUGCAGAGUAUGCAGUUGCUGCAGCCAGCAGAGUCUUUCCUCUGCCAGACAAACUGGACUUCAGGCAGGGAGCAGCGAUCGGAGUGCCCUACUUCACUGCCUACCGGGCCCUUGUCCAGAAAGGCUGUGCCAAAGCUGGGGAGAGCGUGCUGGUCCAUGGUGCUAGCGGUGGGGUGGGACUAGCAGCAUGUCAGAUUGCCAGAGCUUGUGGUUUGAAGGUUUUGGGUACAGCAGGAACUGAGGAGGGCAUGAAUGUGAUCCUGAGAAAUGGUGCUCACCAAGCCUUUAACCACAGAGACCCGAAUUACACUGAGAGGAUUAAGGCAUGCACAGGGCCGGGAGGAGUCGAUAUCAUCAUAGAAAUGCUCUCUAAUGUCAACCUGGAUGCUGACUUGCAGCUGCUGUCCUGUGCAGGGAGGGUGAUGGUUGUGGGCUGCAGGGGACGCAUCGAGAUAAACCCAAGAGACACAAUGAGCAAGGAGUCCAGCAUAACUGGAGUGAGUCUGUUUCUUGCAACCGAGGAGGAAAGGCGUGAAUGUGCCACAGCAGUCCUUGAUGGCAUAGAAGCUGGCUGGCUGAAACCUGUUGUGGGCUUGGAAUACCCCCUGGAGAAAGUAGCCAAGGCUCAUGAAGACAUUAUUUGUAGCAGUGGUGCCCGGGGGAAGAUGGUGCUCCUUCUGUAAAGGAGCACCUUUCCCCAUUUAUUUUGGAGCUGUUCUAGCUGCACCUUUGCUUACAAGUUCACCGAAUGUAUGUUAUAAACACAGCUUUGAUCAUGUUUGACAGCAGCAGAAAAUGCUCACUGAGAUGAAUUGGUUAACAUUUUCCUUUUGUAAUGAGCACAGUUACAUUUACUGUAAAGUAAUUUUGGUAGCUGUUUUGAUUGAUGUGGAAAUAACAAAUUAUUUUCUCUGCUGGCACGCUUUGUGCUGCAGGGAAUGGUAGGGUUUGGUAUCAUGGUCCAUGUGAGGGCAGAGUGAGGCCACUGCAGGUAACAGAGAAUGAAGAUGCUUUUUACAGUUACACAAAAAUAAAUAACUCACUGUGCGUGUUAAUUAGAACUGUAAAUUCUUUUAGCCACAAAAUUUUUACUCAAAUUUUGUCACAUAAUUUACUUGAAAUAAAAGCUUUUGCUGACAAAAUAGUUUACUUUCCAGCUCAAAAGAUGGGCAGAAUCUCUCAAACAUGAACUGUUUGGAGCCGAGGCAGUUCUACUUGUCUGUGCCUCUGAGGUGACAGUAUCCUGGCUCAUCCAUAGGGACUGUCACUCUGGAGCUGCAUGCUGGGAUUUGCCUCCUUGGAAAUGAUGAUCAUGACUGAGGCAGCUGAUCCUGGAUGGUGAAUGGCUGAUUGUGAGGAUUUCAGCUCUUCCUAUGAGCUUUAUUAAAGUCUCCUGGAUCCCUGGCUGCAUGGCUUGGUGGCACAGAGAGUUCCUGUGAAAUUCCUGAGCUCCAGCCACUGAAGUGGGCAGGGCACAGCCCCAGCACCAGGGCUUGUGUGCAGAUGUCUGUGUGGGGUCACUUUGUCAUGACACCAGGGCCAUUUCUUGUUCUCAUACACUUAAAUCCAUUGCACAACAGAUGGUGUUGCCAGGAAAGAUGGUGGGAUGCUUCUGGAGUGAAUGAUUUCAAUUUAGCGUUAGAGUGAGUGGUUUCAGAAAGCUGCCUGGGGAGAGAAGGGUGAGGCCAGCUCAGCAGUGGGAAUGUCUGCCAAGGUGCAGUGGGGCCCUUCUUCCCUCCAGGCUGCCCCAGGGCAGUGAAGCUGGUUUCCUUGUUUGUAGCACUUCCCACGGGAGUAGGGAGCUGUGUUUUUUUUGUGAAGAUUCAAGUGAUUCACCUGGUGUAAGUGAUGUGUGUAGCCAGUGUCUGAUCAUCCACUCCAUGUGAGAGGUGCUGACUGUUCCUGUUGUCUCAGGCAGAGUGCAGCCUGAGCAGUGGUGUCACGUUGGGAACCUGCUGUUCCUCUUGACAACUGUUAGAGAAAGUAAAACACCUCUUGAUAUUAAAGUAUUAAACAGAGCUUAAGAGUAAUGGCAGAUAUGACUGUGAAGAUGAUGUGCAUAUAAAAGUAUAUACCUUUCCUCUAUAUUCUGUGUUCAAAUAUUAAAUUAUUUUUAAUUUGGUCGUAAUUUAGUAGGGGUCCAUGACAUGAAUGAGAGGCUGAUGGUUUGCAGUGGCUCCUUCCUUGCUUAGUGCUGCCACUGCAUCGUGGAUGGUGUUUAGAGGAGAAAUUGAGAGCAAGUCUCUGGUCUGUGCUCGUGGUUGUUGUCCCAAGGGCUGUGGUUGUAGUGGAGUUUGUCACCAGAAGGUGUCAGGGCCGUUCUGUGAUGCCACAUUACUGCUGCUCUCUGCCAGGUGGCCUGGCAGAAUGGCACAGCAGGAUGGGGCUGACUUGUUGGGAAUAUCAUAGAAUGUUUAUGCUUCUGUCAGUUUCCAAGGUAUUGUAUAAACGGAAGGAAUUUUUUUAAUUUUGGAAGAAGUGUGAAUAGAGCUAAUGAGGAAGGGCUCAGGUAUGUCUGAUUUGUGCAAGCUACCAGUCUAGAGAGUGUCAUCCUGGAGAGUCCUUGGUUUCACUCCCUUUUUGGGACAUGCUGCCCCUUGGCAGUGCAGAGAAGGAUGAGGAAGAGAGUGGUGGCCACAGAUCAUUGAAUUUGGUGGAAUAAGUCUCUCAGUUUGUUGAGAAUCUUGUGAUUUGAGUGGGUGGGAUUUUGGAGGCAGUGGUUCCCAGUCACAGCCUGCUUGGUGCUGCCAAAGGUGCUUGGAAGGGUUGAGCAGGCUCAGUUUGUGCUGACCUUGGCAUCUGCAGGAGAGGUCUGGGGUUCAACGUGAGGAGUUGUG